UGUAGUUGACAUUUAUUUUACAUGCACACCCUCUUACUCUUUCAAGCUAUUCACUUGAAUCCUUGAAUAUCAUGUGAUUAGGAGGGUUGCUGAGUAAUAGAGAAAGAGAGAGAGAGAAAGAGAGAGAGAGACUCUACAGGUUGAACGCAUUACUUUAAGGUGGACUGUGACACGAUGAAGCUCUGUAUGAUUCUCGUCCUUUUACCGAUUCUGCGAGUGAAUGCUUCCUUUGAUGUCGGGCCCUUGUUCACUACACUGUCUGGCUGCAGUGACUCUGGGAACGAAUCCCAGUUCCUCGUGAGUCUGAAUCAGAAUGAAAUAUUGUAUGAAGAUUUUGAGGCCCAGCAACAGAUCAGCAGAUUGCCUCCGUUUAUCGGCCAACUGGAUCUUCCAGAUUUGUAUGUGACAGCAGUUAAUAACAGAGACAGAUGUCUUCUGAACAUCAAGAGAACGAGAAAACUGGUCGGAAGUCCAGCUGAGUCCGAAGAGCCUCCAGAAGUGAGCAUCUACCCAAAACACAACAUAGAGUCUGGAGUAGAAAAUAACUUCAUCUGCUUUAUGAAGAAUUUCUAUCCUCCACACAUCAAAGUUAACUGGAUGAGGAACGGUGAGUCAGUGACAGAGGGAGUGUACAACAGCCAGCUUUCAAUGAACACAGACGGAACCUUCAAUUCAUUCUCCAUCCUGACGAGUUCUCCGACUGAAGGAGAUGAAUACAGCUGCAUGGUGGAGCAUGAAGCUCUGGACUCACCUCAGACUAGAACAUGGGAUGAACCAGUGGUAAUUCGGAGUGUAACUCCGACGGUGGUGUUUGCAGUGGGAAUUGCUGUUGGAAUACUGGGAUUAGCUAUAGGAAUGUUCUUCGUCAUUAAAGCAUCAUGUACCUGUUAAACUUUUUAACAGGAUCUGUAUGAACACUGGCAACUGGACUUUUUUCUCUCUUGAAAUUAAUAAGAUUUUUUUUUUUAAAAACCACAACUUGUCAUGUGACCUGUCCUGAAGAGCUUUACCAAAGGCUUUACCUCUGACACUGGAGACUCCUUCCAUAAAUGUUAAAUAAACACAUUUCUCCUUACAGGAAACUUCACUGAUUACACACUUUUUAUUCGUUUUUUUUGUAAUCUCAAGAUCAUAAAAGUUAUUUUCUGAGAUCAUAUAACAGCACCAUUCCAACUUUACACAGCUGUGGCAAGUGACAUGAGAUCAUCUACUGGUAUCAUGGCACUUCUGCACUAAUUACAUCCGAGGCAUUGAAAUAUCCAGCAAAGGCUAUAGACCUCCAUUACUUCCAUCCAGACCUCAGAAGCCAAUCCCAGAGACAUCGCCUUCAAAAUGAGCAGAAUUGAUAUUCUCCAUCAUUACAUUUACAAAUACUUUGACAAAGAAACAAUUAUUCAUUAACACGUUGAUUACAGCAUUUUUAAAUCAUAAACUGUUCAUUUUUCAGUAUUUAAUUUCAGUUUAAUUUAAAAUAGAAUAAUGAAUAAACACAAAAAUUAAUGGACCCACAUGGUUUCCAGAGAUGGCACAUGAAACUAUCCAGGCAAAGUAGAAGCUGUGCAGAACUUCCCUGAACUCCAGUCCAUCCAGGAUGUGCAGAAGUUCAUGAUGUUCUGAAAGAGCUGCAGAUCUCACAUAGAAAAGGGCAUUGACACAGGAAUGUACAAGAGCACUCAAGGACUAACAGGCUUUAAUCACAGCUCCUGUUCUGAGUCCAUCAAACCUUUUGCGCUCCAGACUGAUGCUAGUGAUCAGGUUCUUAGGGUUGUACUUACACAAGACACUGACAGAAUAGAAGAUUGUUGGAGAUCAUGAUUCCAGGAUAUUAUAACAGUAUAUUACAUUACAGGCGUUUGUCCCUCAUCAGAGGGACAGCACAUGUGGAGAGCUUGGGAAUUAAGCUAAGAGAGAUGAGACUGAGAUGGUAUGGGCACAUCCUGAGAAGAGAUGCAGAACAUGUUGGAAGGAGAGUGUUGAGGAUGGAGCUGCCAGGCAAACAAAAACGAGGAAGGCCAAAGAGGAGGUACAUGGAUGUGGUGAGAGAGGACAUGAAAGUGGCAGGUGUGGUAGAGAAGGAUGCAGAAGACAGGGAGCAAUAGAGAUGAAAGAUCCGCUGUGGCGACCCCUAAUCGGGAGCAGCCACAAGAAGAAGAUAUUACAUUACAGGUGUUUAGUAGAUGCUUUUAUCCAGAGCGAUGUACAACACACCCAGAGCAGCCUGGUCCAAGGAAUCAAACCAGUGACCUUUUGGUCCUAAAGCUGCUUCUCUAACCAUUAGGCCAUGGCCUACAAAGGAGCUAACAGGUGCUGUUCGAUCUCAGAAGAACUCGAGUGAGAAAUUAAGAUUUCAGUUGGUACCAACUGUGCAGCUUUCACCUGAGUUUAACCAUCCUCGUGAUAAAUUAAUGAGCUGUCCAUCUAUAAGGUUUGGAUUGUCGUGUGCAGUCCAGGAACGGCAAAUUACCACAAAACCAGCAAAAACACUACGGCUACGCAGCAGUAAAGUUCAUGACCUUUAAAACGUCAGACUUUUUAUUAUCCUCAGCAAAAACUGAAGCAGGAAAUCCUGACCCAUGUACUGAUCAAAUUUACUUUAUAAUGAAGAACGAAGUUCUGUUUCAUUCUGUACCGAAGCAGGGACAGGGCCAGAUGUUACAUCGCUGUAGCUCGUGCUGAAAAAGUGACAGAAAAGCCUUUUUAUAAAAGCCCUUGGAUAACUGAAGAAACUUUUAUGUGUUAAACAUGGAUUUAUAAACUAUACAUCCCAAAAGCCCUGCUCUUAGCACGGUGAGUUUUUAUAUCAAAGGAAAAUUUAACAAAAUACUCAAAGAAAAUAAAAAAAUCAAUUAAAAACCUCAGCUGUAUAUGUGUGAAGGCUUAGUGAGGAGGAAACCAGUUUUAUUGGCUCUGUGUCUUUAUUAUUGAUGUCAUGUUCUGCACUUUCUCACACUCAAGAUUCCACUUCCCAGAGAUCACAGCCGCUUUCGAAUAUGGCCGCAGCGGACUACAACAACCAUCCUGCACCACACUGUUCUCAGUCUCCGGAGUUCUAAUCACACACACACCUGGUCCUGAUCAGAGCGCAAUCACUGCCACAAUAUAAACGGACUUUGUUUACAGUGUGUCAUUGUGAAAUAAAUGCUCAGCGAGACUGUCUUCACCACA